GUUACGUGUGUGGACUAUUAUGGGAAAGGGGAUGGAAGAAGAGCGGGAGUAGGCGAGGGAGUGGGGGGGAGACCGGUGGGGAUGAGGAGGCCGUGGACGAAGGGUUGACUGGACGAAGCUCUGCGGCAGUGGACGAGAUCUGCGGUCUGAAGAUAGGGACUGUAGGGAUGGAUUCGUAUGAGGCCACGCGGAUUGUGUAUGGAAGGGUGCAGGCUCUGGAGCCCGAGACAGGGAGCAAGAUUAUGUUGCAUCUGCUGUUGCAAGAGCACGGAGAGAGGGAGAUGGUGCGCCUGGCUCUCGGCUCGAAUGUGCUCAUACAGUCGGUUGUGAAGAAAGCGAAGAAGGAGCUUGGGCUGGAGGACAACCGGGAUGUGAUGCCACUGCAACAUAAUGCUCCUUUGUACAUUCCAGAUCACGACUUCGCAAGUGGUAGCUUUGGCUCCAAUGUGUUGUCCUCGCCCAGCUUGCACGACCAGGUGGUCGCCCUUCAGCAGCAGCAGCAGAAUCAGCAUCACAACCAGCUCUUUUUGCAGGAACAGCUCCCUCUCCACGAUCAGAUGUCUAGCCUUUCAGAUGCAUUCGACCGGCAAAACUCCCUGCAUGCAUUCUAUGAUCAUUACUAUCCAGAGACCUAUGCCUUUCUGAACAGCAGUAAAGAGUUCCUCCAUUCCCGAUCUAGCAGUAGCCGCGCCUCUCUCGCCGUAGACAGUUCGUCGUCUCCUGAUCUCGGCCCUGCACUUGCGUGGAAGCCUUGCCUCUACUUCGCUAGAGGCUAUUGCAAGCAUGGCAGUAGUUGUCGCUUCCUUCAUGGGUCUUUAAGGGAAAGCUCAGGCUCCCCUGCGUCUAGUAAUGGACACCGUGAGCUCAGGAUGGACGACGGAAUGGCUCCGGGAUCCCUCGAAAGACUAGAAAUCGAGCUUCAGGAGCUUUUGCGCGGACGACGUGCGCCUGUUUCCAUAGCUUCACUCCCUCAGUUGUACUAUGAAAGGUUUGGUAAAACUCUGCAAGCCGAAGGUUAUCUCACUGAAAGCCAGCGGCAUGGAAAAGCUGGUUACAGCCUUACAAAGCUGCUAGCCCGCUUGAAGAAUACUGUGACUCUGAUUGAUAGUGGUUUACUCAGACACAAGCACACUGCUGGGUGUUUGAACAGGCCUCACGGUCAACAUGCAGUUGUGCUUGCGGAGGAUGCACAUCGCUUCACUGCAUAUCGGUCCGACCAUCGCGGGGAGGAUUUAAGUGGAAUCAAUCCAUCUUCUCGUCAGAUCUACCUUACGUUUCCCGCCGAAUCUACUUUUACCGAAGAGGAUGUAACAGCACAUUUCAGGGCUUACGGUCCUGUCCAAGAUGUCCGGAUCCCCUAUCAGCAAAAGCGGAUGUUUGGUUUUGUGACUUUUGUAUAUUCAGAAACUGUCAAGGCAAUUUUGUCCGAAGGAAACCCACACUACAUUUGUGGAGCUCGUGUGCUUGUCAAGCCCUACAGAGAAAAAGGAAAACAUGGUGACAGAAAAAAUUCCGAGAGGGCAGAUCAUGCCCGAUUUGUACAGAGCCGUAGUAUUGAUGGCAAGGAUUAUCAUUCAAUACCCAAAUUCUACGAAGAAGAAGAAGCUUUUACCCGCCGAUUGGAAGAAGAAGAAGAAUUAGAGCGUCGGCGCUUGGCUGAGCUGCAUCUAGUUGAUGUGCAACGCCGCCGUGAAGAGGCCGAUGCCACCAUGGCUGUUGUGGCUGCACAAAAUCGAGCUCUUGCCAAUACUGGGUUCUCUACAGAUGAUUUAGGGCUGUCUGAUGAAGGAGCCACAGGUUUGUCCCAGUUUCAUCCAAGCAAUUCAUUUGGUUAUUUGCUCGACGUUCUGGAUGGUGGUGAACCGGGAGACGAAAUUGAACCUGCCCCUGAAUUUUUUGGCAGCAAACAGACAAGCAGUGGUAACGGGCACAAUUUGCCAGAAAGUCCAUUUACAAGCCCAUUGGGAAUGAGCAAGCAGAAGGUUUUUGCAUUGCCAGAAAAACUGAGUAAUCUGAGUUUGCAGAGCUCGCAGGUGGCACUCGAAUCAAUACUGUUUGCGAACUUUCUCUCACUCAAGUUGUCUGCUUGGGUUUGUUUUGUUCACGUGUUAAUAGUUAAUGCAAUCCUAGUUUGACAGUUGAUUGCGGGGUGUAGCUUGCUGUAUAAUUCAUAAUGAUGUAUACCAAUAAGUGUUUGCAGUCAAUAACACAAUGGUAUGUGAGUCAGUUUUCGUUGCGUUCCGAGUUCAAAUAUUGACCUCUAUGUUGCAGAAUACUCAGGAAACAUUGUUCAGUUGGAAUGCCGCUACACUUUUUGCGUCCAGCGCGUUUUGAAGUGUUGAUCUUGAUUGCAUGCCAGACCAUGCAGGGGAGCAAGAAAAGAAUGAUGGCUCCAAAGUAUGAAGAGGCAAGGAAUGGAUAUUUAUAUAUUCAAAUAUUUAAACACAAUGUGGCGUACAUGCCCGGGCAGUCUAACUCACGCAUCCGCAGCUACUCCAAGAAGGAGGGUAGAAGCAGGUGCGUGGUGGGGCUGCUAAAUACACUUCUACUACAGUGACCCCUCUUGUAUGAUGUGCUGAGCAAGACAGGACCCAUUUUCUGGGUGUCAUGUCGACUGCCCCACAGAUGUAAUUCAACAUUACUGGAAUAGGUUAAGUUUUGGAUGAAGAAAAGUUAUUUUAUCAAAUAGAUGUAAUUUCAUCUAUUUAGAAAAUAGACGGCAUUUGCAGUACAUAAAAGAAGGCGAAGACGAGAGGAGCACUCUACUAAAAAUUCAUAUGAAUGGCACUGUUGCUAGGAUGCGUCAGAUACAGGUCAAACAGAUAGCAGCCCUUCAAUUCAUUCUCUCUCCCAGUUUUUGGAUUUCAAUUAUACAGUAACACUCAUCUUCUUCCCUCACCAACUCUGUGGGUAAUGUAGCUUUCUGGAAGCUUAUAACAGCGUAAUUGAUGCUGUAUUCAUCCA